AUGUACGCCUGCAUCACCAAGGCAAACUACCUCGUCUGGAAUACUGAAUUAGAGCAAGCCAAGGAGUAUAUGGCUGAUAAAUCACACAUUCCGAGGAUGGCAUUGGAAUUGGCCACAAUUCCUGCUUUCGUGUCAGCUGCAUGUGGUGAUGAAAAUAUGAGAAAAUUUGCCUUUGAUAAAUUGGGUGGAUUGGAGUCAACUUUGCAACGUUAUAAACGAUCUGAGGAUAUUAGUAAGAUGAUUGAUGAGAUUUCAAAGUGGAAUGCCGAGAUUACUGUGGAAGAUUUGGAAAGAUUUGAUUCUGCUGAAAAGACAAGUGAAAAUUAUUGUAAAUUAGAGGAAUUGACAAGAGAUCAACAAAUGUUUAAUUAUGAAUUGGAUUUGAAAUUGGUGGAUGCUGAAUCACAUUUAUUGAGAAGUUUAUUGCAAUUUAUGGAUGGAUCAUAUAUUAGAGGGUUUUACAAUUUUAGAAGUUGUUUUAUGAAAUAUAAGGAAAUUUAUCACAAAAUUGAACAAUUUAAGAAUGAACCAAAAACUUCAAAUAAUUUCAUUCAUAGUGAUGUGAUUUAUCCAACGUAUUUUGGAGUUGGAUUGGUUUCAGUGUUACCUCCUGAUCUACUUGCCAUUUUGAGUCAUAUUGGAUUCAAUAUUGAUAGAGAUUUGGGAUUUGAAUUGAUGAAGAAAGCUCAGCAAUAUGGUGGAAGAAUCUUGGGAAAGGCAACCUUUAUGCUCUGUUUGAAAUACCUAUUCAUUCCUACUCCAUUCCAAAAACCUAAAAUUAAUUUGGAUUUGGCAGAACCAAUUUUACAAAAAGUUGGCAAUCUCUAUCCAAAAAGUGGAUUUUUCAAAUUUGUAAUUGCUUAUCACAAUGUGAAAAAUGGACAGGUGAAUAAGGCAAUAGAAAACAUUUCACAAUCCAUUGAAGUUUUGACACAAGCAUCAGGAGAAACACCAAUCAGUAUGAUUUAUGUUUUGGGACUAGCUCAAUUUUAUGCUGGCAAUUUGGAACAAGCUGAAGAGUUGUCAACUCAAGUGGCAAAUCAUGAGAAGGGAAAGUUUGAUGCCACAGGUAAUAGUAUCAUUCUUUUGGCCGCUUGUAAACUCAAAAAGGGUGAUAAACAAGCUGCAAAUCAACUCAUUGAUUCACUGGCAAAGAAGGUCUCCAAGCAAAACAAAUUCCCACACGAGAAGGUAGAAACUCUCAAACAUAUCAAGAAUGAGCAAGAUAGACACCUAUUUAUAAUUCUCUCUUUAUUCCAGAAUAUCUAUUGGAAUAGAGACUUGUUACACAUGAGUGAGGAAUUAAUUACACCGUUGUAUGAAUUUUUCAAACAAUUUGUGUUGGAUGUAAAGGUUGUGGAUGAGAAAUCAAAGGUUUAUCCAGAUAUUUGCUCUGGAAUUCAUUUCGUUAACGCACACUUUUUACAAGUUUUGAACAAGGCUGAGGAAAGUUUACAAGAAUUUCACAAAACCACUUCAUUUGAAAAGAUCAAAAUUGAAAAGAUUUGGUCAGCAUUUUCAUAUUAUGAAUUGGCAGAGUUCACCUAUUUUAAUAAGGUUGUUGCUGGAGUUGAAAAUUCACAGGAGGAAAAACUGAAAUAUUUACAUGAAACAAAGAGUCUUUUGGAAAAGUGUCAAAAGAUAAGUGGAUUUACUUUUGAUGAUAUCAUACAUGCAAGAGCUAAACUAGCUAUCAAAUUGGUAGAUAAAGAAGUAAAAGAAAUCAAGAAAUAAAAUUUUCAUUGAGAUUC